AUGGGAACUACCGUCUCUGCAUCAUUUCCACAUUUAUUAACCAGAAUCAUCGGUAUAUUAGCAUCCAUCAUUGCAUCUCUCGCGUGGCUUGCGACCAUAGCAGCUCUCUUCGGUUUAUGGGGCCGGGAUCAUUUUAUUAAAUAUAAACCUGAUGAAGGUCAAGUAGUAUACAUAUCUGAUGUAGGUGCUACACAUAAAGGAGCGUUUAUUGCGGGCACAUGUAUCACGGGGACAUUCUUCGUUCUUACACUUAUCUUUACCAAACUCUGCUUUGAUAUGGAAGAUCGACGACGAUUAAAACGAACUAUAUCGAUCAUAGCCAUCAUUUGUGGUUUCAUUGGCGCCGCGUCUCUGAUUCUCUUAUCCAUUUUUGAUGCAUUCAGACAUAGCGGAGCUCAUUAUACUUUCACUGGUUUAUUUAUUGUAUUCACUCUGCUCUCUGCUAUAUUCUCAAUUCUACAUCGAAUCUCACGCAAUCAACUAAAUAUUGCAGUGGCAAUUCGUGUUAUGUUCGUAGCCGUGGUUAUUCCUUUGGCUAUUACGUUCGUGAAUAAUGAUAAUUCAGAUGUAACAAAUGCAGUUCAAUAUGGAAGAUUAAUUAGAGUUAGACGAGCUGGUCCACUUGAUACAACAUCGAUGGAUUAUUCAGCUACAGCUUUUACAAGUAUGCCUCUAACAACUGUUUCUACAACACGCACAAUGCCAACUAUGCAAUCUACUAUGGGACCAAUCUAUGUCAUUAUAAGCUUUACUACACCAACUUCUACAGCACAGACAACUCAAUCUAUUAGUUCAACAAGUUCUUUUAUUACAAGUAGUGCGAUUACAUCAAAUAUCAUAACUAUAACGAAUAAUAUGACUGCAUCUAUGACAAGCGCCAUAGUAUCAAAUUCUACCUCACCAUAUAAUCCUGAUAGCUGUGGUAUUGCAGGCUACAGUAAAUUACUUAAUAAUACAUGUGUACCAAAACUAGAUGCCCAAAUAAUCGCAUGCAGUAUACUACGUAAUUCAUCUAGUGAUACUGAUCGCGUUGCUAAAGCUCUUUCCUUAUACAUCAGUUCAGUUACUAAUUCAUCAGUAACACUAAAUACAACAAAUACAUUAUCAGCCGAUGAAAUUGAUAAUAUUGUUAAGGAUUUAACUAAUAUUAAUUUAUCUCUCAGUUCAAAUACAUCGUUUAUUGCAGUUCAACAACCAAAUCAAGAUGAGAAUGCAAUGGUUUUAGGUGCAUCAUUUAAACGUGGUAUUGGUGGUGAUAUUAUUGAUACAAAUAAUGAAAUGAAUGUUACUGAUUCAUUUGUAACAGCUGCAGUUAUUGUCAACAGAGAAUCAUUAAAUGGUGUUACAUCUCUUAAUCUGCUUAUUGUUGAUAAACCUACAGAAUAUGAAAACAUUGAUAAUUCAACAAAUAAAACACUUACAUCAUCAGUUAUUGUAGUUAAUUUACAGAGAGAUGAUUCAGCAUACGCUCCACUAUAUCUUUCAUUAUAUUUCAAACUUAUAGAAGAAUAUAUACCAACUGGUACUGGAAAAUAUUUAUGUUCAUUUUAUAAUACAACUACAUUUAUCUGGAGUGAAACUGGUUGUAGUAGUGCUUUUUAUAAUCAACAAUUUAAUCGAUAUGAAUGUCAUUGUACUCACACAACUUCAUUUGCUCUUGUCUGGUUACCACAAUCAUUAUUAACCGAAACAAGUUCAAAAACAUUUGAUGCACAAGAUAUAGCUUCACUUAUAACUCAAUUAAUUUCUAUUAUAUGUUUUCUUAUAAUUAUGAUUCAUGCAACUGGUAUACGAAUUAUAAAUCCACUGAUAGGUGUACAAGCACUUAAUUUACUUCCAUUAAUAUCAACAGCAAGUACAACUAUUCUUUUUAGUUUUUAUAUUGCACUUAGUCUAACUGUGUAUACACAAACAUCAUCUUCGUAUCAAACAGAAUGUUUUUCAAGUUCAAGUGUAUUAAUGUUUAUUACUUAUUUCUUUUUAAUUUUUAUGUUUUGUGUCAAAACAAUAACUGGUUACUUCUAUUUCUUACGUUUUGUUCGUCUUUUUCCACAACCAUCACAUCGAAAACUUUUAAUUAUGCUUAUAAUAUCAUUUCUUAUAUCUUCUCUAUGUACUAUACUGGCUAUUGGUUUAAAUACGAAUUCAUCAUAUAAUAUUACACAAUUAUAUCCAUAUGAACUUUGUUGGUUUAAUUCCAAUGUUAUUUAUUAUUUUAUGACAAUACCAAUUUGUCUAUUUCUUUUCUUUAAUAUUAUAACAAUUAUUCUUGUUUCAAAUAGUCUUUUUAAACAUGCACGUAGUGCUGCAACAUCAAAACAAAUUAAUGAAAGAUUAAAACGAUGUGCUAUUGUUUUAUUAUCAUCUUGUGUAACACAAGGUAUUGGAUGGAUAUUUGGUCCAUUUAUUUCAUUUAUUGGUGUAACAGCUGGAGAAGUUUUAGGAUGGAUUUUUAUUAUAUUAAAUGGAUUAGAAGGUGUGUGGUCAAUACUUUUAUAUAUAUUAAUUCGAACACAACAAAUGGAUGAACAAAAACAUGUUGUAGCUGCAAUAGAACUUUCAAAAGCAUCUGGAAUUCCUUUAAAAAAGAAUGAAAAAUUAAAUGCGAAAAGAAGAGAUCCAAUUCGUGUUCAAGUUUAUUUAAUGAUUACUAGUUUAGGACCUAUUGCAGAACUUGAUAUGUCAUAUACAAUGAAUUUAUUUUUUCGUCAAGUUUGGACUGAUGAACGUUUAACUUUACCUAAUAAAAUAUCAAAUGUAGCUGUAUCAACAAAAUUACUUAGUGCAAUAUGGAAACCUGAUACAUAUUUUAUAAAUUCUCGUUCUGGUUUUCUUCACACAACACCAACACUCAAUCAUCUUUUACGUAUACUUGAAAAUGGUCGAUUACUUUAUUCAAGUCGAUUAACAAUUAAAGCUUCUUGUUCAAAUUUUUUACGAAGAUUUCCAUUAGACAUUCAAACAUGUCCUUUUAUUUUAUCAAGUUAUGCUUAUGGAACAGAAGAUGUUAUCUAUGAUUGGAAACUUGAUGAAAAUAAUGGUGUAGAAUUAGUACCACUUAAAUUAUCACAGUUUGAUUUAUUUCAUUAUAAAACAUCAAAAAGAAUAAUUCAAUUUAAUGAUCGAAAUCAUUCUGUUCUUCAACUUGAUCUAUCUAUGCGACGAAAUGCUGGUUAUUAUAUAUUACAAGGUUAUAUACCUGCAAGUCUACUUGUUAUAUUAUCUUGGAUAUCAUUUUGGAUUAAUAGUGAUGCAACAGCCGAUCGAGUUUAUAUUGGUGUAACUUGUGUACUUAGUUUAACUACACUUAUCCUUGAUAUUCGUUCUUAUAUACCAGCUGUACCUUAUUUUACUGCAAUUGAUUAUUUUUUUAUAAUGUGUUAUUUAUUUUUAUUUGCUUCAGUAAUUCAAUUGACGGCUGUACAUUGUCAUCUUGAUUAUCGUCGAACAAUACGUCGUAAAAAAGUUAUGAAAGGUUUAUCUAAAACAUCAGACCGACAGAAUACUUCAUCUAAAAUUAGUUUAUCCGUACAAAAUAUUCGUCAACUAAAUCCUACUCAACGUUCAACAUUUGCUGGUGUUGUACAACGUUUACAGAAUUUACAACAAAAAGCACCUUUACAUGAAUUUGAUCGUCUUGCUCGUAUUGGCUUUCCUUUUCUAUUUACUCUUUGCAAUUGUAUAUAUUGGUAUAUUUUUGUUUUUUAUACAUCCCAAUAA